CGGGCCCCGCCCCUGCGCCCCGCCCCCUGCGCUCCCCUCCCCCUCGGCCCGCACCAGGUGCCCGGGCGGGUGGAGCGGCGGGCAGCUCUGGGCCCCGAGCGGGGAGCUGACGGUCACCAUGGCCAUGCGGGAGCUGGUGGAGGCCGAGUGCGGGGGCGCCAACCCGCUCAUGAAGCUGGCGGGACACUUCACGCAGGACAAGGCCCUGCGGCAGGAGGGGCUGAGGCCUGGGCCCUGGCCCCCUGGAGCCCCGGUGUCCUCCUCUGAGGUUUCCAAGCCUUUGGGAGUGGCCUCCGAAGAUGAGUUGGUAGCCGAAUUCCUGCAGGACCAGAAUGCCCCGCUGGUGUCCCGUGCCCCCCAGACCUUCAAGAUGGACGACCUGCUGGCAGAGAUGCAGGAAAUUGAACAGUCAAACUUGCGCCAGGCACCCCAGCGAGCCCCAGGUGUGGCCGACUUGGCCUUAUCUGAGAACUGGGCUCAGGAGUUUCUUGCAGCGGGAGAUGCUGUGGAUGUGACUCAGGAUUAUAACGAGACCGACUGGUCCCAGGAAUUCAUUGCGGAGGUUACAGACCCCUUGUCUGUAUCUCCUGCCCGCUGGGCUGAGGAGUACCUGGAGCAGUCCGAGGAGAAGCUGUGGCUGGGGGAGCCCGAGGGAGCAGCUGCGGCCGACCGGUGGCAUGAUGAGUAUCAUCCUGAGGAGGAUCUGCAGCACACAGCCAGUGACUUUGUGGCCAAGGUGGAUGAUCCCAAGUUGGCUAACUCGGAGAGCACUUCAGAUGCCUGGGUUGACCAGUUUGCAAGACCGGUGAACAAUUCUGCCCUUGACAUGGAGUUUGAACGAGCGAAGUCAGCCAUAGAGUCUGAUGUCGAUUUCUGGGACAAGUUGCAGGCAGAGUUGGAGGAGAUGGCCAAACGGGAUGCAGAGGCUCACCCCUGGCUCUCUGACUACGACGACCUCACGUCUGCCUCCUAUGAUAAGGGCUACCAGUUUGAGGAGGACAAUCCCCUGCGUGAUCACCCCCAGCCUUUUGAGGAAGGGCUGCGCCGGCUCCAGGAAGGGGACCUGCCCAAUGCUGUGCUGCUCUUCGAGGCUGCCGUGCAGCAGGAUCCCAAGCACAUGGAAGCUUGGCAGUAUCUGGGCACCACCCAGGCGGAGAAUGAGCAGGAACUGUUAGCCAUCAGUGCCCUGCGGAGGUGCCUGGAGCUGAAGCCAGACAACCGGACAGCACUGAUGGCGCUGGCCGUAAGCUUCACCAACGAGUCCCUCCAGCGACAGGCCUGUGAAACUCUGCGGGACUGGCUGCGUUACACGCCAGCCUAUGCCCACCUGGUGUCACCUGGUGAAGAAGGCGCUGGUGGGGCCGGCCUGGGUCCCAGCAAGCGCCUCCUGGGAUCUCUGUUGUCCGACUCCUUGUUCCUCGAAGUGAAGGAGCUGUUCCUGGCAGCUGUGCGCCUGGACCCCGCAUCCAUUGACCCCGAUGUGCAGUGUGGUUUGGGGGUGCUCUUCAACCUCAGUGGGGAGUAUGACAAGGCCGUGGACUGCUUCACUGCUGCCCUCAGUGUCCGGCCCGAUGACUAUCUGCUGUGGAAUAAGCUGGGGGCCACCCUGGCCAAUGGGAACCAGAGCGAGGAAGCAGUGGCUGCCUACCGCCGGGCCCUGGAGCUGCAGCCUGGCUAUAUCCGGUCACGCUAUAACCUGGGCAUCAGCUGCAUCAAUCUCGGCGCUCACCGGGAGGCUGUGGAGCACUUUCUGGAGGCCCUGAACAUGCAGCGGAAAAGCCGAGGCCCCCGGGGGGAAGGGGGCGCCAUGUCGGAGAACAUCUGGAGCACCUUGCGCUUGGCCUUGUCCAUGUUGGGCCAGAGUGACGCCUACGGGGCGGCUGACGCCCGGGACCUGCCUGCCCUCCUGGCGCUGUUUGGCCUGCCCCAGUGACAGUGGGAUGGGGUGCCCUGUGAGUGUCUGCCCAGAGGGCUCCCCGCUCUGGAUAUGACUCCCUCCCCCGCAAUGGGCCUGCCGAGGGGGUGGACUGAUGAUUGCUAGCGGGGCGGCCUUGGGGGGCUGCCUCUGUGUGGGGGCGCAGUGUUCACUGGGUAGUUUCCUGUGUGAUCCUGGGAAAGCGAGCUGUGUCACCCGAGGCCCUUGGUAAUUCAGGGGCCGCAUGUCCAGCUCAGAUCUCUCUCUGCUCAUCAUGCCCUUUCCUGGUGCUGCAUUUUGGGGAAGGACCCAGUGAUACAGGGAGGCCGUUGUCAUCAGCCGCCACUUCUGAUGGGGUCUGCCGCAUUUGUCAUGUCUGCCCUUUCCCGCUUUCACUGGAGAUCGGUAACGGUCCAGCAUCCCCGAGUGGCUGGUGUAGGCAGUGCUUCAUCCGCGCAUCUCUGAUGUUGGCGCCAGGGCGGGAUGUGAUGGCAGUUGACUUGUCUCAUGUGUCAAGUUUGGCUGGGGAGGGCCGACUUGGUUAUUUCUGUCACUGUUGGUGCUCUUGGCCGUGUGCUAGAUGCCAUGGAGGAUGCUGGUGCAGUGAAGUGGGAGUGAUUACAGUGGGAUCCUG